GCGACAGGAAGGUUUAAACUGCGUAGAUUACAACAUUUACCUAACUACGGAGCACAUAGUUCGCGCGUGCAGUUUGUAUUGCAAUGCAUUCUGGGAUAAGCGUCGUCAUUUGCUGAUAGCCUAUCAGUGACAGGUGACGUUUCACAUGCAAAUUCCAGAGCUGGUGUAGGACUAUAUCUCAACAAGCUACCCUCACUGAGGCUGUGCAAGCUCAAGCAGACACGACUGUCCUGGAAUGAGGUUGAACUGGUUGACUAUGAAAUGGCAGACAGACAACCAAUCUCUGAGGUGAGAGGUGAAGAGCAGAGAAACGUCAGCGACACAGACCCAGAAGAGGAGGAAAAGUGCACAAAGGAUCCAAAGUGGGAGAUCCCGUCUCUCCAGGAGCUGGAGGAGGUUUUACAUUCAGCUCCACGCUCCUGUCGCCACGGAGAUGAGGUGUGGCCCAACCUGUAUCUGGGGGACAUGUUCAUGUCUCACGACAAGCUCGGGCUCUGGCAGCUGGGCAUCACUCAUGUGCUGAACGCAGCGCACGGGAAACUGUGCUGUAAGGGCAGCGAUGAUUUUUACGGAACCACGGUGAAAUACUACGGCGUCCCGGCAAGUGACCUGCCGACAUUUGACCUUUCACCUUUUUUCUACCCUGCUGCUGAGUUCAUCCACCAGGCGCUGACGUCAGGAGGAAAGCUGCUUGUGCACUGUGCUGUGGGCGUGAGUCGCUCGGCUGCGUUGGUCCUAGCCUACCUGAUGAUUCACCACCACCUCAGUCUUCUGUCCUCUACGCGCUGUGUGCAACAGAAACGCUGGAUUUUCCCAAACAGAGGCUUCCAGCGACAGCUUAUAGCCCUGGACCGAAAACUGCGGGACGUAGAAGGGUUGAAUGAGCCAUAAUAAAACAAAGCGAGGACUAAUAAAUGCAUGGAA